AUUAAUUUUAAAAUGGUCAAGAAUGUUGCUUAAGAGAGUGUGAAUUAAAAACUCUAAUUGGUGGUUAGAUCUGGAAAAAUCACCAUGGGUUACAAAUAAACUUUGAAGGCCAUUAGAAAUGGAACAGCCAAGCUUGUAUUCAUUUCAAACAAUUGUCCAACUAUCAGAAAGACCUAAAUUGAAUACUAUGCUAUGUUGGCUUAGAUCACCAUUGUUUUAUAUUAAGGAAACAACGUUGAUUUAGGUAUGGGGGUUUAAUUGGGAGGCUUAGCUCUUCCUAAUUGAGUUUUAUGGGCAUUUGUGAUUUUAUCUUAUUUUAGGUACCGCCUGUGGUAAAUUACACAGAUGUUCAAGUUUAGCCAUCAUCGAUGCUGGAGAUUCUGACAUCUUAACAUAAUAAUGAUACAUUUUUAUUAGUACAAUAUUAUUCAUCAUUAAUUUUUCAAAUCG